AGAGGGAGAGAUGGAGAUGAGAGGGAGAGAGGGAGGUGAGAGGGGGAGAGAGGGAGGUGAGAAGGAGGUAAACUCCUGACUGAUCUGAAGCCAGGCCAGCAUAUGGUCCAGAGCCCUACCAGCCCUACCAGCUCUACCAGCCCAGCAUAUGGCCCACAGCCCUACCAGCUCUACCAGCCCUACCAGCUCUACCAGCUCUACCAGCCCUACCAGCCCUGCAUAUGGCCCACAACCCUACCAGCCCUACCAGCUCUACCAGCCCUACCAGCUCUACAGCCCUACCAGAUCUACCAGCCCUACCAGCCCAGCAUAUGGCCCACAGCCAUACCAGCCAUACCAGCUCUACCAGCUCUACCAGGCCAGCAUAUGGCCCACAGCCCUACCAGCCCAGCAUAUGGCCCACAGCCCUACCAGCCCUACCAGCUCUACCAGCCCUACCAGCCCAGCAUAUGGCCCACAGCCCUACCAGCCCAGCAUAUGGUCCACAUCCCUACCAGCCCUACCAGCCCAGCAUAUGGCCCACAGCCUUACCAGCCCUACCAGCUCUACCAGCCCUACCAGCCCAGAAUAUGGUCCACAGCCCUACCAGCUCUACCAGCCCUACCAGCCCAGCAUAUGGCCCACAGCCCUACCAGCCCAGCUUAUGGUCCACAUCCCUACCAGCCCUACCAGCCCAGCAUAUGGCCCACAGCCCUGCCAGCUCUACCAUCCCUACCAGCUCAGCAUAUGACCCACAGCCCUACCAGCCCAGCAUAUGCCCCACAGCCCUACCAGCCCUACCAGUCCAGCAUAUGGCCCACAGCCCAGCAUAUGGCCCACAGCCCUACAGUCCACUAGAGACAGGUGAGACAGUCCACUAGAGACAGUCCACUAGAGACAGUCCACUAGAGGCAGUCCACUAGAGACAGUCCACUAGAGACAGGUGAGAUAGUCCACUAGAGACAGUCCACUAGAGACAGGUGAGACAUUCCACUAGAGGCAGUCAACUAGAGACAGUCCACUAGAGACAGUCCACUAGAGACAGGUGUGACAGUCCACUAGAGACAGUCAACUAGAGACAGUCCACUAGAGGCAGUCCACUAGAGACAGUCCACUAGAGACAGUCCACUAGAGACAGUCCACUAGAGACAGUCCACUAGAGGCAGUCCACUAGAGACAGGUGAGACAGUCCACUAGAGACAGUCCACUAGAGACAGGUGAGACAGUCCACUAGAGAC